AUGUCAAUUUUGGUGGUGAAGAUUGUGAUGCUCGCAACGAUGGGCGCUUUUGCAUUGCUGUUCGGUCUACUGCCAAUAAAGAUAUACAAGUAUGUCGAGUUGCAGCGGGUAACUAAGUUUUCUGAAGAGAAGUUAGCAACUCGACUUCUUUCAAUAUUGUCGUGUCUUUCCGGUGGUGUAUUCUUAGGUGUUUGCUUAUUAGAUCUAUUACCUACAGCCAGCGAAGCAUUCGACAAAAUAAAACAACAGAACGGAUGGGAAACGGAAUAUCCAUUAAUAGGAGUUCUAAUUGGCUGUGGUUUCUUUAUCGUUUAUUUGAUGGAGAUAUUAGCCAUUCAUAUCUGUGAUCGGAAUCAUAUAGACUAUGAGGUGAAGCGAAACGAAUGCAAGCACUGCAAAAAUAAGAAGGAUGUGAUCGAAGAACGCUUCAACAGAGGUAAGCAAGAAGAGAAUGCAAGUCAAGGGAGGAAGAAACAAAUAGAUGUUUCAGUAGUGGAACUGAAAAUUUCCAAAAAAGAUAAUUAUGUAAAAUCGAUAACUUUGGUGGUUGCCCUUACAGUUCAUUCCUGUCUUGAAGGAUUCACUUUCGGCGUUCAGUACACUAUGUUCACUGUGGCAACACUUUUCCUUGGAAUAAUAGUGCAUAAAUCAGUGGUUGCAUUUAGCAUCGGGAUGAAUCUAAUUAAGACUCAUCCCAGCAAAACAUACUUUGUUAUAUUGUUGGUAAUAUUUAUGGCAGUAACGUCGCCCAUUGGUGGUUUCAUUGGAAUCGCUCUGGAGAGUGUGGAACUUGGUGAACAACCACGAAAUAUUGUAACAGCAAUAGCAUCAUCGCUCGCUAAUGGUACCUUCAUUUACAUCACCUUUUUUGAGAUACUAUAUACUGAACACGAACAUGGGGAGCGAAAAAUGGCGCAAUGGUUGAGUGCAGCUGUGGGUUUUGGUCUCAUAGCCAUCUUGAUGUUGUUUGCACAUUGAUUUCUUAACACUGCUUUGAAAUUAAUAUUUGGUUAAUCACUGAGUCAAUCUGGCGUUGCUGACUCCAUUCUUCAACUACUUCAGAGUAAAUAAUAGAGUUUCAUCCUUACCAUUUACAUCGGACAAGC